AUGGUCGCUGGCCCUUAUGCCACUGCGGAUCAGGCCAAGUCAUAUGCAGGGCGUGCACUUGGUACGGGCUCUGUGCGCCGUGCCUAUGAGCAUCUCGAGGAGGAGCUUGAGCGCAGGCUACGUGACGGGGCGCCCAAAGUGCAGGUCGUGGACGUGGGUUGCGGCGAUGGCAAGCUGACUGCCGCCCUCGCUACACGAUUCCCGAGUUGCAACUUUGUGGGCGUGGAUCGAGCGGAGGCUAUGAUCACGCACGCGUGCGAGGUGCAUCGACUACCUAAUAUCGCCUUCCGCACAGAGGAUAUGACGUUGCUGCAUGGCUUGGCCGAUGCCUCGUGUGACAUCGUGUAUUCCGUGUCUGCCACACACUAUGCCGUGGAUCAGGCGGCGGUUUUCGGCGCCCUUGUCCGCGUCCUCCGUAGUGAUGGCUUGCUCUGGCUGUCGACGUAUCCUUCCAACCCAUCCGAGUUCGCGCCAGUUCUCUUGCUAAUCCACAGCGACUCCGACGUCCACAAGUGCUUCUUUGACGAAGACACUGGCACCCCGCUCCCGUUUGCACAUAUCGACGCGUUUCCUCUGGAUGCACCAUUAGGGCAUCUGGAGCACUGGUACGAUCCCGACUCCUCGGCGGUGGAAACGUACCUCAGCGCACUCGGCCUGGUGGUGCACGAGUGUCGGCGAGAACGGCGCUCGUACCGCCUGCUCGGUGGCGUCGAGGACUAUGCCAAGAUGCUUGCGCCGUGGCACCCGUGGAUUGCGUGCGUGCGCGAGAGAGGUGGUGAAGCGCUCCUCCACCGGUUCCUCGCCCAGCUGUCGGAUUCGUACCGCGAGUGGCUCCGCGCGUGCGGUGAUUCGAGCGGUGCAGCCGAUGCACAGCCGCCUUUCGUCUUCGACACCGUCUAUGUCAGCGCGCGGAAGACGUGCGUGGCCGCCACUGGCACAACGGUGCCACCGCAGUGUCCGCCGCCGUCUGGCAGGUUGCAGAUGAUCUCGCCGGACUUUUCUGGCUCGCACUUUACCGUGGAGCAUGUCGACUUUUAUGACCCCGACGAGGACGAGCACAUGACGCCGGUCCGCCUGCCCAUCGCUUCCUUCGAGACGGCUUGCGCCGCCGCCGGCAUCCGACGCACCGACGCCUUUGACCACUUUGGGUUCGAGCCGAUUGCGCUGACACCGUCGGAGAUGGCGGCGCUGCAGCUCGCGCGCGGCAUCGCCCUAAAGGAUUUGAGCACACGCACACUCGACGAGCGCAUGUACAUGGAGAACAAUCUUGGCUUGCCCGGGGAGUUUCCUCGGGAGGCUCUCUCGUCCAUCGAGAUCCAAUCGCAGCUGAGCAGCUAUUUGGGCGUCCGCAAGCGCCACGGCGCCGCACAGUUGCUCGAGCAUAUCGUGCGCCGGUGGGCCGAGAGCAGGUUGGCGGCCCAAGGGGGGCAGCUUCGGACGCUCGCCAGCCAUUCGGUCAAGAUCCGUGAGAGCUUACGAUACGCGUCGUCGUCGCGCGCCACCGCCGCCGGUGGCGGCGUAGACCCUCCCGCCACCGCUCUCGGCACAGGCGCAGCGCACGUGCGGCCACAGCCUCAUGUGCAUGUCGACUACACGACUCGUGCCGCCGCGCUCCGCCGCCUCGCGAGGCCUCCCGAGUGGUCGACGCGCGCAGCCACCGACGUACCGCCGGAAGAGGAGUUGUGGCAGGUCGUCAACAUUUGGCUGCCGAUGCACGCGCUGGGUGAGGCGGUGGACGACGGCUUUGGCUUCGUGGUCGGCGGCGAGAGCGAGGUCAUCCCCGUGUACGUACACGGCGCCGAGUUUGCGGCCAAUGUGAGGCUGCGGCGGUCCGCGGAGGCGACGCUCGUCGAGGAGCCGUGCAUGGGGUGGGGGCGCGCGUGGAUCUUCAAGUCGGUCUUGGAGCUCGGCGCACCGCCUCACUCGGCAUUUGCACGCGAGUGCAACGAAUCCGAUGUGGAUCGUCUUGCAGCGGUCGCAGCUCCGCGGGUCGUCGGCCGCAAGAGUCUCGAUGUGCGUGUGGCUGUGUACUAUAAGUAG